AUGUGGCUUUUGGUGAAACACCGAGCGGCCAAUGGCGUCGCCGUUCCUGGCACUAGUGGGCCGGCGCUAUCCCCAGCCGGGACGACUCCACACAUCACCACCAUGGUCUACAUUAGACUUGCUUCCGUCUUUGCGGCGGCCUCGAUGGUCGCCAUGGCCGCUGCUGCUGACGCAGAACCAACGCCAACCAAGAUCAAGAACCCCAUCACCACACCAACAGUCACUGUACCAGCAAGUGCUAUGACUAGCGUCGGAUGCUUUGAGACCGGAACUCCACUCGAGAACCACGGCGAAUACGGUUUCCAGUCGCCUGGCAACUGCCAACUCGUUUGCCUAGAGCAAAAGAAGGACGUUAUGGGUCUAUCCAACGGCAAGGAAUGUUGGUGUGGUGACGAGAUCCCGGCCAAGGAGUGGCAGAUCAAGAACGAGACAUGCGGUACUCCUUGCAGCGGCGACAAAACUUGGGAAUGUGGUGGAAAGAACGUCUUAUGGGUCGUUCUCACAGGAAACACUUUGAACCCAGUCGACUAUUACGAGCCUGAAGUAUCCAGCAGCAGCUCAGUAGCACCAACGUCGUCGUCGUCUGCUGCGGCCACAUCCACCGCCGCUGCCCAAGCAUCAGCCACGCCAUCGUCAGCUCCCAAGGAAGAGGACAGCAAACCAAACACAAUCGCCAUCGCAGUGGGCGUAGUCGUCGGCAUACUCGCCCUUGCCUCGAUCCUGUUCGGUGUAUGGUUUCUACUGCGCCGGAGACGUCAGCACCAAGCUGAAGAAGACUACCGUCGCAACGCCGCCAACGUGAAUGCUUUUGUCAAUGGUGGCAAGCUACACACCAGCAACUCGUCCAUGAACGACUCACGUUUGGAUCCAAGCUUCGUUGACCGGAGGCAGAGCAACGGCAGUAUUGCAGACAAUGAGGACUACUCGAGGCGGAUAUUGAAGAGCUAUAGAGUACCCAACGACAGCGAGGACGAAAUACCUAUUAACGACAGCGAAGAUGACGGCAACGAUGACUUCAUGACAGACGGCCUAGCCAAGUGCCCAAUGUGCAACAAGGCAAUGAAGGCGGAGCUGGUCUACAACCAUUUGGACGUAUGCACUGGGCCUGGAGCUGUGCAGAGGAGCUGCCUGCCCACCGACAACGAUUCAGUUGACGAUAUCAAGCACAUCAGCGACAUCAUCGUCCGCUGUUCUGUCACUGACAGGAUGCUCUUCAACGAGCUGUCUAUCGACGGCACUAGGACGUUUGUCGAAAUAAUAUUCCCAGAGCUAUCUCAGCAUGAAAGCUUCUACAGCGACUUCCGCAAGCACGUCAUACAGUUCCUUCCUUACUACGUUUCAAACCGGGAGAGACAUCCUACUACCUGGCCUUCUGCUGAUGCUGAGAUGAACCAACUAUGGGGCAUGGCGGUAGAAGGUGAGAAGGCUACAGCGCUUCCAGACAAGAUGCCAACCUGGCUAGACUUGGCUAAACACAAUUUCGUAAUUGAUCUCUCACCUCUUUGGUAUCGACUCACGGAGGUAUCCGUCGUGAUGGGGAGGGUGCUCUUUCCAUCUGGAAGCUCUUUCCAAUCUUGA